AUGAGAAAAGAGAUCAUUUUACAGAGCCCAUUAGCCGAAGAGUUUCUUUCUUUCCUCUCUUACAAUUGCCUCAUCCUGAUUAAAUUGUUCAUCAAAGCCGACCUUGAUUUCUUUGUAACCCUAUUCCGAAAUGCGUGACGAGCUUCUAGGAAGCGUUGCGUGACAAAAGCACGCGAACAGUCCCAAUCCUUAACGUAUCAUAGCAACCCUCCGUCAGAGCCGGCUCGACAGACAAUCAUUGCAUGUAAGUCGCAUAUUUAAAUAGAAUUAGUCUGAAGUGUAAUGAUUUGAGUUGCCGUUGUUGUUUACGAAUUCUAGUCAUUUGCACAACAUUUGUCGCUAGAAAUUAUCAACACAACUUGCAGCAGCUCGUCACUAAAGGAUCCGAAAGUACGCAGAGAUUCGAGAAUUCCAUCACAUACGCACGAUUGAGUUGACAGUUUAUGCUAGCUGAAGCAAUGUAAUCAAGACUACUGUGGCUUCCUCGUGAUUACUGAAUUGCUUACGGUUAAUCAACAAGUUGAUAAAAUGGAAUGAUGUCGGUGAAAGUGGAUAAAAUCAUCGUUAUUUGGAAACAUGCAGUGUCGACCUUGAUCUAAUUUAACUUUGGAAGCUUACUGUAUGUGUAUUUAAAUGCAAGCAAAGCUAAUAUCUGCUUUAUUUAGAAUGUUUUGGUAAGUUAUAUAAACACAGACACCGUCCCAGCGUAUUUGUACACUUCAAGGAUUUUUUUGGAGCUGUUUCCAGAGGUGAUGGUUGCGAUCUUGGUUAGUCCACUGGCGUGUACAAGUUCCUUGGCGCGUAUUUUCGAAUUUUGGCUCGUGAGAUUUUGUUACAGAUAAUCCAACGUACGAUUAAGUUACAACAGUUUUUGCCAUAAUGGAUCAGUCUAGCCCUGAUAACGGGUCGGAAACUGAAGAAGAAGACUCCAAGGUUGCUGAUGCAGCAAAUAAAGAGUUUGAGGACUUAGAGAGAAGAAGAAUGGAGUCGAUUGGAGAAGAGACUGAAAGUGAUGAAGCACAAAGCUUCAUGAGUGAGAGAAGCAGUUAUUUACACAUCCCUUAUGGUUUUCAGAGUAGAGGAUCCUAUAAACACGCUUCAAAGAACUGUGAGAUUGUUGGAGUGACACACAAUCCGCGAUUCAGACAGUUUGUGUUUCUUGAUUCACGGGGGAUCACAAGUUGGUCAUAUGAAAGUGUUUACAAUACAGUGACAAGACACUUCAAUUAUCCAUCAUACCAGUUUAAUGUCCUGCGACUCAUUAUAUUUUCAAGAAAGUUCAAUGUGUAUUUUGCACUAUCCAAGGAGUACGCUUUGAAGGUUUUUAAUCUAAACUUCCAUGAGGUGUUUUCAGUGUCAGCUGAAAUGCAUUCGGUGCUGUGUAUGGUGUUUAAUCACGUGAAGGAUGAGCUUAUAACUGGAGGGACUGGUGGCAUGAAGUUCUGGACAUUUGGAGAGAUUGAGCAUGACAGGCAAAAAGCCUGGGAGAGAGAUUCGAGACCAAUGGCUAACUAUGGUUUGGUUUUAAGGGCUUCUUAUCCUGAUAUGGGUGGAAGCUGGGUGAAACAAGUUGAGCUGGAUGAACCUAUGCAACGUCUGUACUGUUUGUCUGAACGGAAUGUGGUAGCUUAUGACAUGGAAGGAAAUCAUCUUUUCCAGAUAAUGGAUGCGCACAGAGGGCCUGUCACUGGAUGUGUUUUUUCCAAAGCUUGCAACUUUCUCGUUACUGUAGGAACUGAUUGUGAUGUGAAUGUGUGGAGCAGAUCGAAGAGUGGAGGGAGAGUACAUACAUUCACUGGACAUUCUAAGGCCAUAACAAAGGUUAUGCUCCACCCCGAGAAUUCAGCACUGGUUUUAACAGCUGCCAUGGACGGCAUCAUUAAAGUGAACUCACUAGACUUUAUGGAAGAGAUGUACAGCCUACCUGUGUUUUCUGAGGGAAUUUAUUGGAUGAACGUUGUGUCGCCAAAGCUUAUCUAUUGCUGUUCAAACCGAGUUAUUGAAGUUUUCUCACUCAACCAUCUGUGCGACUUCUGGGCCUUAUCACGCUGUUCAGUGACGUCACUUUCUCUGGUCACGUGUCGAGGAAAGUCAUCACGUGUUAUGGCAGUGGGAAAUGAUAGCAGUGUUCGGUUAAUUUCCCGGAAGGGCCAGAACCUCUCCACAGUCCUCCCUCCACCACCCAUCUCGCCUCUGAACAUGGUGAAAGAUGUGGCAUACAACAGGGAGUUUAACAUGAUGUACUUACUGAUAGAUGAACAAGAGAUCUGGGUCUAUUACACCAGGACGAAUCCAGCCACACGGGUGGAGUCCUGGAAACUAGACUUCAUUGAAAACAUUCAUUAUCGGCACUCCCAGGAUGCUUUGCAGAAAUCGAGAGCAAGCAGUCCUUGGCCAAGUGAGGGUAACAGAUCACCAAGCCCUGUCACUGGCGAGUCGUCCUCUAUCGGUCCCAGUUUCUAUCCUCCGUGGGAAGCUAGCGGUAGAGAGUUGUUACUAUUGGCUCGUAAAGAGAAAGUCAAGAUCACGUGUCUUGGGAUAUUGUAUUCCCCAAUCAUAAUGAAGACAGUUGAAGGUGAAGCGUGCCCUGACGCCACUCAGCUACUUAUGGCGGGAACUCAGGAUGGACGUGUGCUUUUUCUUCACAUGUUUUGGCAAGGACUAAAGUACCACCAGCUUCAAGCCAACAAAGACGCUGUUCUUGAGCUGUAUCACGACCAAGACACCAACACUCUGGUUACAAAAUGCAGGCAUCCAGGGAUUGUUAUCCUUAUUUGGUCGUUGCCGUUCCUACAGUUGUUAAAGCGCAUUGACUGUGAUGCCGACAUGACUUGUUUCACCAGAAUGAACAAUAUUUUGUUGUGUGGGCAUGGGAGCGGAUGUUUACACCUUCAUUCGCUAUCUUUGGACAACUGUGAACUUUGUGAAGAGGAAGAGGAGAAAGCUACAGGCAACAAGCGUUUUCGUCCGAAGGAUCAUCAGAGAUGUGUUAACAGUGUGGACUCAAACUCCAAUCUAGGGAUAUUCUGCAGUGCCAGUGGAGAUGGCGUAAUUAAGAUCUGGGACCGAGAUAAAACCCUGCUCCGUGAAAUCAUGAUGAAUGAAACAUUAACUGUGGCGUCCUUCCUGAACACUCGAGGGGAUAUUUUAAUCGGAUUUAAACAGCACAUCUUUAUAAUACCAAGUGAAAAAGUGUAUCCAAUAAAGGAUGGUUUAUCAACUGACGUCAAAAGUGAAUCGUUCGAUGACGAAGCUUUUGAGACAGAAUCUGAUAUCUACGAAGACCCGUCAGUGAGAUUUGAAAGCAAAAAGAUUCUGCAACCAGACCCCACCAACAUGGAGAACUACUUGGUACCGUUCCCAAACUUGCAAUUGAAAACGUCUUGGUUUAUGGAAGGAAGACCUCCCCCGGAUCUUGAACCUCAAAACCAACAAGAAGAGGAGGAGUCACUCAGUUUCAUGUCGGACAGUCUUUCUCUUGCUCCGACCGAGGUCUACUGUUCCCCGUCCUCUACCCCCAGGAGACUGUCCCUGGUUAGUUCUGUGGCCUUGUCUGAACGCAGAACCAGGAUGGAAUUAUGGGAACUUCCCGAAUUCGGCGACUCGCCUGUGUCGUCACCGCCAAGAACUCCACCACCGGAACCAACACCACCUCCUACCCCUCCACCGGGAGAAGAGUCUGACGAGGAUUUGGAUGAAGGUGAAGAAAGAACAGAAGAAGAACCAGAGCAAGGUGUUGACCCCUCCUGUGACCAGUGCAACGAAUCAACAAAAGAAACAAAAAAGAAAAUUUCCUUCGUUCCCAGCUUUCGAAGAGAAAAGGGGAGAAUGGGUAAUAUAACUAUCGAUUCCAGGUCCUUGCGGUCUGGUUAUGGAGGUCCCGGAUAUGCUGCCCCGGUUGCCAGGAGAGCGGUGGUGGAAAAACCGGAACCAAAGACAUUUAAGCCAAGGCGGAUCCCGCGACCUGCCGUGAUAAAGAAAACAAAGAAACCUAAAGGAAAAGGAGAGGAAGAGGCAACGAAGGAAGCAGAGGAAAACGAGAAGAAGAAGGCUGACAACGAGAUUGAAGCAACGAACGAAGAUAAGCAGGACAAGGAGACGACUCAAGAGAGCGAAGAAGAUGAUUCUUCGUAUAGAAGGCCAAAUGUUGUUAAUAUGCCUUCAGGGGAACAAAAGCCUCUUAUACGACAAGACACUGCAGCUGGUCGCCAAGAACCUAGAACUAGUGCCAUUCCUCAAGAGCUGGAAUCUUCGCGUUCAACAAAGAACGAGGAGAAGGCGCCUGAGAAGGAAAAAGCGAAAGACACACUUGGACAGCGAGAUACAACAUCGUCUCUGGCACCUCAAAAAACCGCUGAAGGAAGCGCAGCGAAGGCUCAAGCGAGCGGGAAAAAUCCAUCCGCUGAGAAUGAAGACGGAAAUGCAGCGGAGGUUCAAGUUAAGCAACCUGAAGGCCAAGGAGAAGAGAGCGAGGAGGCUGAGGAGAAGCCAGAAAAACGCCAUUCACUCGAACCCAAUGAAGUGCCUUUAGUAACGUACAUUGAUCCUGACACAGGAGAAGUCUUACAAAAGCCAGCAGAUGAAGUGCCGGAUGCUGCUGAGAUUCUUGAAGACUUCGAGGAUGACGAUGAAUUCGAAGAACAAGAUGAAUUUACAUUCGCAGCAGCAGAAGAUUUAACAUCUUCUCUUCGCAGCAAACGAAGCGACCGGGGACAAAAGAGUGUAAGCUUUACUCCAGACCACAUCCGGCCUGCGCGUGCAAAUCGACAACAACUACCUAAUCUUUAUACGUCUGGUAGAGACUCUCCAACUUCAAGAUCGCACAAUACGGGCGUGGUCUUUAAGGAAGCAGUAGUACCGGUUUACAAUAACAACAGGCCCGACGAUCUCUUCAGUAAAGUAUCCAAGAACACUACGGGUGUUUCUCCGUUGACUAUAUUUGCGCUAGCGAGGAGUAGGCGGGAAAAUGCUGAGAGAACGGGAAAAUAUCGAAGUCGCUCUGCGGAGGGACGUUCAGGAUAUAAACAUGGUUCUAUCGAGAAUUCGAGUUCAAGAACAGAUCAGGCGAACCUGGAUGACUUUGAACUCAACGGCGAUGAUAUUGCACGGCUUAUUGUUAAGAUGGAUUUACAAGCCCCUGCGGAGGGACGUGAAACUCCUGGCUCCUUAAGGCCCCCAAGUGUGAAGAAAACAGAGAGUACACUGAUGCGGUGGUGCAUAAGAGCGCUACAGAAAACGGACCAGAAUAUUCUAUUCCCUCCAAAGCCCACUCGACCGAGGAGUUCCCCAACUACGGCUACAUCGAAGGCUGCGAGGAAAGAACCAGAUAAGAUAAAAGGUCACACGAUGUACCUUAAUACCAAGGAGUCUUUGAAGAGGCCACAAACCGCUGACACCAUUCGCAGUAACGCAACGAGUCAAGAGGAAUACUCCAUGUUCCCGUAUGAAAAUAACACGUUCAGCAAUAAAACACCGAAGCGAACACAAACACGCGACCAUAAGAGUGCCCCACCUGCUAGAGGGAACACGUGGAAGCACGUGUCGUCUGAUGAGGAUGAGGACUUUAUAUACGCUUAUCAAGCCAUGUGCUCUAGUCUUGGUGUACACGAGACAGAUGAGGAUUACAUGAAGGAUGUGGUCUCGAGUGCAUCAUUUGGAAGUGAAAGGUUAACUGACUCAAGAGAUAUACCAAUGCUGGAUACAAGCGAUUACAGCGGCAAUUGGCAAAACAAGGUGUUGGAGAGGGCUCAUCGACUAAAGCAGCAACGCUUGGCGCGACAGAAAACCGCAACUGAAAGAAGAAAAGCACUUGAUAGCAAGCAGAAGGAAAGAUGGAAAAAAUCUAGUCACUUUGAAUGUGCACAAGAGCCACCUUCCAAGUCUGAGAAUUUCUUUGAAUUCAUCACGCCACCCCCUAUCACCGAAUUGCGUAAUGCCACGCCCCUCCCCUCCUAUGAUCAAACUCACUACCGGACCUUCAAAGGGCAAGAGCUAUCAAACGAACGCCCUUAUCGCCUGAAACUCAAUCCUCAGUCUGGAGGCCUUGUACGUACUCCAGUGGCUAAAAGUUUGAUGAACCUGAAGGCAUGUGAUCAUCACGUGUCCGAUGUUGCAAAUGUCUUACCCAAGCCUCCUCCUUCAGCCUCAAUCCCUAGCAAAUGCAGGUAAAUCAAAAUGUGGUCGUUGAGGUAUUUCUUAGCCUAGGUAUUUUUAGGUAUUUUUUUUCUUUAAAAUUACUUUCUUGGGUUAAUCUGACAAUACCGGGGAUGCCCUGCGAAAGUCACGAGCCUGGACAAGAGCAAAUAAUUAAGUUGAGGCAGUUACAAGUUGUUUUGAAUUCCUUUAAC